AUGGAUUCAAACAGACAUUUUUCCCCUCUUCUCAUCUGUCACGGGAUGCUAGGCUCAAGGCAUAAUUGGACGUCAAUGGCAAAACAGAUUCAUAAGAAGACUGGUAGAAGAGUUUUAACAGUAGAUGCUAGAAACCACGGAGAUUCACCUCACACAGAUACAAUGUCAUAUCCGCUUAUGGGAAGUUCUGAAAUUAAAUACUUUAUUCUUAAGGAUUUAAAGCUUGGUCCUGUUGUGAGUAUAAUGGGGCACAGUAUGGGUGGACGCACAGCAAUGAUGCUCUCAAUGCUAGAACAACAGAUUGUGAAGAUUGACCGUGUGGUGAUAGUUGAUAUAUCCCCUGUCAACCAGAAGUUUGAUGUAACCAGCAGCAAUGAAUGGAAUAUGGAACAUUAUUUUCAUUGUCUCAAGAAUGUAACCUUUGAUCAAUCCAUGAAAAUAUCGGAGGCCCGGAAAUUUGCUGAUACGCAGUUAAGUUUACGCAUUCCUGACGCAGCACUGCGCUCCUGGCUUCUCAUGAAUAUGCGUCAGGAUUUUAAAACACGUGAAAUAGGAUGGAGAAUAAACAUUGACGGAAUCCAUGCCGCGUUUAAAUCUGAAAUUGCAACUAUUAAAUUCACCGAAAACUGUGUACCGCUGUAUCCUGGACCCAGUUUGUUUGUCGGUGGCGCAGAUUCAGAAUAUAUCCCUUUAUCUGAUCACGAGGAGAUCAGGGAACGCUUUCCUGAAGCAAUAUUCAAAUAUGUUCCUGGCGCUGGUCACUGGGUUCACUCUCAGAAACCAGCUGAGUUCCUGAAUACCAUUCUACCAUUCCUGAAGGAAUAG